AUGACGGUAAUCAUAGGGCAGGCGCCCAAUAACCUAGGGCCGCUCACAACAACAUUCACGCCGCCACCAGCGUGUACAGUUGCGGUUGGCGCUGCGACAGGCGGCCUGGGCGGUUGGUUGGGUUUGGGAGGGCAAGAGGACGUGGCGUAUCUUGGACAGGCGUGUUCGUGGGGGAAGGCCUACGACGACACAGGGUGCUGGCCAGAAACAACAGCGGGAGUUGCGGAAACGAAGGCACCGCUCUAUGGCUGGGGAUUCUAUUCGCCUGGGUUGCACUGCCCGGUUGGAUAUGCGACGGCUUGCUCGGCGACAGGCGGCAGCGGCGGAGGAUCGGAAUGGCCAGUGCAGUUCAAGUUGCGAGACGGAGAGACGGCGGUCGGGUGUUGUCCAAGUGGGUAUGGCUGUGCCAAUAACAACGGCCAAACAUGUACCAUGAUGGCCACAUCUACGGCGGUACCGACAGUGACGUGCGAUGGAGACACAACGGGCGGGCUUGGUACGAUGACGGUCCCCAACAAGGAAGCAUCCAUCACCACCUUUAGCGUGUAUGCACCCAUGAUCCAAAUCAACUGGCAAAGUAGCGAUCGCUCUCACUCGACGAGUUCGAGCUCUUCACGUCGGACCUCAACAACGAAGAAGUCAUCCUCAGAAUCGACCCACACGAGCUCAUCCGCCACAAAGUCGAGUCACAGCAAUAGCGACGACCACUCACAUACUGCUUCCACAUCGGCCACCGAGACUCUCGUUACCGACGAUAGCCCCUCGCCUACCGGCGGCCAGAGCACCGGCGGCCCCAACCAACCGACCAACACACCGCCAACACUGCAGGAGGGUCAAACCUCCUCUGGCGAUGACGGCCCUCUCAGCCCCGGCGCCAAAGUCGCCAUUGGUGUCACCUGUGCGGUCGCCGUCCUCGUGUUUGCAGUGUGCGCUCUGUUCUACUUCUGGCGAAAGCGGAAGAACGCGCAGGAGGAGCAGGAUCUGGACAGGAUGUAUGGGCUCCAGCCCAAUAUGGUCGAGAAUGGCGCGUUCGGCAAUGCGGUUGAUGACCCCGGGUUUUACCGCGGACAGCGCCAGGUCACUGCACCAUCAGCACCACCGACGCAAAAUCCGUUCGAGGGUUCGGAGGUCCCAUCGUCGUCGGGAGGUACGAGCGAGGUCCAGCGCCCGGCGGCACCAUAUUACAAGCCGUACCGUCCUCCCGGGGCAAGUUGA